ACUUGGUGUUAGUCAAGCAACGGUAUCUCGGACUGUGGAUAGAGUUGUGAACAGCAUAGUUGCACAGUCGAGAACGAAUAGCUCAAGUUUCCAACUACCAACCAUGAACUGGUGGAGGCCAAGCGGAUAUGGCAAAUCAUGUAUAAAUUUCCGACAGCAAUUGGUGUAAUUGAUUGUAUACACAUAGGAAUCUUGAAACCAAAUCGCCCGAAAAGGGAAACCCGGUUUAAAUGUGGACUUGUAAUGCCGGAGAGAUGUUCAGAAGUGUUGAUGUCAGUUGGCCUGGAUCAGUGCAUGAUUCCAGAAUAUGGAGAAAUUCACAGACUAGAUCACAACUAAUAAAUAAAGCAAAUGUUGUACUACUUGGCGAUGACGGUUAUGGUAUUGAGCCAUGCCUUAUGACUCCC